AUGCCACGUUCAGCCACCAAUACUUUAAUUUUAACCCAAUUGCCUGAAGACCUAUUACAGGAUCCUCAGUUGAUUUUAAACGUCCUAGUAGAACACAAUCAUCUAUGUGAAUUAAUCUGCCUAAAGAAAUUUGGUAGAAUAUUGCUAAUCUGUGAAAAUCAUUUAGUUGCCCAGCAAGUCUUUAAGGUUUUGAGGAACUGUCAGGCUUUGAAGAGUAUUUAUAUAACUUAUAGUAUGCAAGAUAAUGAGUUCACAGCUAAUUUGGAAGUCACCGAAGCCAUGGAUUACUUAGAAUUGCCUUCUGAAGAUGGAAGUAAGAGAUUCUUGAUUUCUCCCCCACUAUCACCACCACCGGAAUGGGAUCAUUGGGAUAGGGUAGAAGAAGGCCCAAACAAAGUAGCCAUCUUGAAUCCAGAUGAAUUGUCCAAUAUAUUAUGGGAAAGAUUAGGAGGUGUAGAUAGUACUCAAGUAAGAAAAUUCCAACAAGCCGAUAAAGAACGAGAUUUGAAAAUGGAACCUCAAGUUUUAUUUGAAGAUGUUGAAAAUGAUGUACCUGUCAUCAUGCUCGAUCAAGUAGAUCCUCCAGAUUUGAUACCAAAACCCAAUAAACCCGUAUACAAAACUAGUUUACCACCUACUGUGUAA